UCCAGGGCCAACCCCCUCGAACGUAUAAAAUUGGGGGGAUGCUGCGAGUCCGACCUUGCCUUCGCCCACAUCUGUUCAUCCACCUCCCCUGACCGGCGCCGCCCCCUGCCACUGCCUGGACAUCGUUUGAGUCUGUCUCAUCGUCAUACAAUGUCCAGUCCGGCGCGCUUGUCGGCGAAGGAACGCCUUCGCAAGGCUCGGCACGAUACCCUUCGCCGGCGCGAUGCGACAACCGGCCUUGCCAUCGUGGGCAAGGCGCAGAGCGCUGCGAGAGACAGUCAACGAGCGCAGAAGAAGAGGACUCGACUCCCCCAGACGCCCUCCCGCCAGUCCGCAAGACUGAUCAAGAAGCUCGCCAAGUCGCCACCUGCGAAGAAGCCAUCGUCGACUGACUCCACGGAGUCCUUCGAGUCCAACAUUGACCGCGCGAGCGACGUUGACUACACUGCUACCCCCGAGCGUGGACAAGGCUCCCGCAACCAGAAGCAAGGCUCGAGCUACCAUACCCCGGAAGGCAAACUCUUUAAGACCAUCGGGCGACCGCGUCCUGACCAGCUCGCGGCCACCUUCAUAUCCGAGGAUGGUAUCUUACGCUGCGCAGGAACGGGCCAGAGUAAUGAGAACGGGACCGUACAGUUCUGCCAUGUCGCCGAUCGUUCGAUCAGCUCUGUGGAGAAACGCCAGCUGGAGAUGGUGAUGGGGCAUGAGCCUGAUGGUCUGAAUCUCGACACUCGCCUGAACUUGAUCCCUCUAUGUGUCGAACUACACAUACCGAUGGACUUAGGCAAAGUCAUUCUUCUUCCAACGGCCCCAUGGCUUUCGAAACUUCGUACAGCGCUGGCGUCAAAGGAGGUCAAGGGCUGGACGAAGAGAAGGGCGCCAAGGGCGAACUCCGAGCAUUACUUGUUCCACGAGGACGUUUUUUCUCCCGACACCGUGGUCGACGUCCGCAUCGUUCCCCUGCUCAAGCAGUGGAGCAAGGAGAGCGGCAUCCAGUACAUCACUCGCAACAAGAAGGGAAAGAUCAUUCGCCAGUUAUUCGAGCCGCCCUUCACCACGAAGAAAGGCGAACCCGUCAUCCCUCUGAUGAAAGUCAAAUGCUCGCCGUUCUUCCUUGCCUUCAAGGCAAACUGGGCCCUCACCAAGCCCAACGCGGGGAAGGAGCCGAAAUAUGCCAAGAGCGACGUCAGAGAACUCAAGCGCAUUGGAGAGCUCAUGAGGCGCGAGAUCGAUGACCUGAAGGAGCAGAUGCCGGCUGACAAUAAUGCUAACCAGCAGAUGUCCGUUGACAAUGAUGGUGCCGCUUUCUUCUCUUCGUCCUAGUUUUCCUUCGCCGGCCUCCUUCCCUCGGUGCGAUCCGGCCCUGGGGAUUAUCGAUGCAAGCUGGUCCUGCACCCGAUCAUCCCCAGCGCGCUGCCGCGACUCGCUUAGCCGGUCUAUUAUAGCCACAUCGCUGGUCUAUCAUGGACUUGCUUAGCGAGUCCAUCGCACCCAUGUACUUGUAGUUUGUCUGCUAUUGUGUAAUCGACCGUCGAAACGACGAGGCCCGCAGUGGCUUUUUAU